CAUCUUUCGACGAAAUUCACUUUCGAAGAGGAACAGCAGCUGGCAGCUCUUUUUCCUUUAUCGUGUUUCAUCAAACCCCAAAGUCCAGAAAACCUCCUCCUCUUUCACUUUCUUGGGUUGAAAUUUUAUUUGAUAAAGAGGUUGGUUUAGAAAUGGAUGCUGAUUCAUGGACUGCUCGUCUUUCUUCAGCAUCUAAGAGAUAUCAAUCGGCUCUUCAAUUACGAUCUGAUAUAUUUAUGGGGUUUGAAGAAAUAGAUGGAGAAGAUGAAAUAAGAGACGAAUUUCGAUGCCCUUUCUGCUCAGAGUAUUUCGAUAUCGUUGGCUUGUGCUGUCACAUUGAUGAAGAACAUCCAGUGGAGGCUAAAAAUGGGGUUUGUCCAGUCUGUGCAGUGAGGGUGGGCGUCGAUUUGGUUGCGCAUAUGAUACAACAUGGAAAUAUAUUUAAGAUGCAGCGCAGGAGGAAAGCACGUAAAGGUGGAUCUCACUCGACACUUUCUCUUCUGAGGAAAGAGCUGCGAGAAGGAAAUCUACAGUCCCUCUUUGGGGGUUCCUGUAUGGUGUCUUCUUCCAAUUCGGCACCUGAUCCGUUGCUGUCUUCGUUUAUUUUACCCACAGUUGAUGAGUUUGUUAGUGUCCAGCCUCAUUGUUCUCGAGAAACUAGAACAACUAAGAAAAUUUCAGACGUGAGUAAGCCUGAAAGAAAUGCAAAGUCAUCUCCCCUUUCAUUGAAGGAUCAGGAAGAGAAGACGAAAAGAUGCGAGUUCAUUCAAGGGCUGCUGUUGUCCACAAUUCCAUAUGAUAUUUUAUAAAACAAACAUUCUCGGGUUCAAAUCGGUUGCUGCAAUGCAAUCAUGAAUCCAAAUCCUCAGGGACAUCGAGUUGAGGACAAAGCCCCCAACAGCAAAUCUAUGGUUCAUUACUCUGUUUAUAGGGAAAAUGUUGAAAUAAGGUUUGUAUGAAUGAAUGAAUGUAGUUUUAUGAUGCAAGUAGACUAUUGGUUUUUA